CUAGUCGCCACUAGGGGGAGUCACAGUGUCAGAAAUCGGCCCGCACGGUAGCUCCCAUCAACGCCCCUGAGCUGCCGGGACACAGUGACCGAUUGGCAACAAACGGAGAGCAAACUCGGCUGGCCGUGCGCUCCCGUGGCAUCCACUGUUCACGCUCCAAACUUCUGUGGGAAUGCGCUCGCGUUUGAAGCCGAGGCAUAAACUUCUCUCGGGCGAACAAGAAAAGUGACUGGAUGACUCUUUGAAAGUGGAGUCCAACUUUCCCUCAGUAAACCAGAGGCCCCUCUGCCGCCCGUGUAUUCCCCACAUCGUAAGAGCCCUCGAGAGGACACGGAUUUCAACUUUGUGGAGGAUUUCCAGGUGUCGCGAGGGUUACCUUUGCCCGGCGGCCUGCUGUGGACCCCUGGGUGCUCCGUCGCCAUGGCUACCAACAGGGAACAGCAGGUGGGUCACAUGACCGGCUUCCCACCUGCUGUCUACCCCUUUCCCUUCAACUCCAUGAGAAGCCACUCCCCCUUCGACCUGCUUGCCAACAGCAGCCUGUUUGGGAGAUUUGGAGCCGACCUGCCCAAAGAGAUGGCCGCCCUCUCGGUGGAGACUCAGAGCACCAGCUCAGAGGAGAUGGUACCCAGUUCUCCAUCUCCGCCUCCCCCACCUCGUGUCUACAAGCCCUGCUUUGUGUGCCAGGACAAGUCCUCAGGGUACCACUAUGGGGUCAGCUCCUGUGAGGGCUGCAAGGGUUUCUUCCGUCGCAGUAUCCAGAAGAACAUGGUGUACACCUGCCACCGAGACAAGAACUGUCAGAUUAACAAGGUCACACGCAACCGCUGCCAGUACUGCAGGCUGCAGAAGUGCCUUGAGGUGGGCAUGUCAAAGGAAGCGGUGCGCAACGACAGAAACAAGAAAAAGAAGGAUGUGAAGGAGGAGGUGGUGCUUCCCGAGAGCUAUGAGCUAAGCGGGGAGCUAGAGGAGUUGGUCAAUAAAGUCAGCAAGGCUCACCAAGAAACCUUCCCGUCUCUUUGCCAACUUGGAAAAUACACCACCAACUCCAGCUCAGACCACCGUGUCCAGCUCGAUCUGGGUCUGUGGGACAAGUUCAGUGAGCUCUCCACCAAAUGUAUCAUCAAGAUUGUGGAAUUUGCCAAGCGGCUUCCGGGUUUCACCACCCUCACCAUCGCUGACCAAAUCACUCUGCUCAAGUCAGCCUGCCUGGACAUACUGAUGCUGAGAAUCUGCACACGCUACACUCCAGAACAGGACACUAUGACCUUCUCAGACGGCCUGACUCUGAACCGGACUCAGAUGCACAACGCAGGCUUCGGGCCGCUCACGGACCUGGUUUUUGCCUUCGCGGGCCAGCUUCUACCCCUGGAGAUGGACGACACAGAAACUGGCCUCCUCAGUGCCAUCUGCCUCAUCUGCGGAGACCGCAUGGAUCUAGAAGAGCCCCAGAAGGUGGAUAAACUUCAAGAGCCUCUACUUGAGGCUCUGAAGAUCUAUGCUCGCCGCCGCCGACCCAACAAACCUCACAUGUUCCCCCGCAUGCUGAUGAAGAUCACCGACCUCAGGGGCAUCAGCACAAAAGGUGCAGAGAGGGCUAUCACCCUGAAGAUGGAGAUCCCGGGGCCAAUGCCGCCUUUGAUCAGGGAGAUGCUUGAGAACCCAGAGGCCUUCGACGACCAAACAGAUUCCAACGACAGUCCGCCGCCUCCCCCGCCGCCGCCGCCGCCGCCACCUCCGGCGCUCGUCCUGAAGCAGGAGGCCGAGGACGAGGACGACACCUGGGCCACGGAGAACGGCAGCGAGCCGUCGCCAGAAGAGGAGGACGAGGACGACGACGAAGAGGCGGGGGACGAUGAGCGAGACAGGGGCUCGGACAGUGACGGGGAGCCCUGGGGGGUUUUGGAUAAUAUAGAUGGGUCGAGGAAAGGCCUCGUCGGGAGGGCGCAGUGAACAGAGCAUUUGGCGCAUCGACACACUCAUGCACACAGAGGUUCUUCUCACACACACACACAGACACACACAUAAACAAACAGCACAACCUCACUCACUUUCCCACCUCAAAAAUGCUGGCCUUCCUCCCCCUCCUUCUCUCUUUUUUACUGCACAUCAUUGUGUCCUCCUCAGCGGAGCACAGCAGAGCCUUAAGUGUACAGACACUUCUAACUCAGGCCACCUGGUCCAUGACAAGAGAACUGCAGAAAAGCAAAGGAGGAGACAACUGUAAACCGUAUGAACUCCUGGCGUAGCCACGAGGGAAGUUAACGUGACAAAAAGAACCUAACCUCUUUGAGAAAGCUAAAUGUUUCUUCUUUUAUUUCCCACUAUUGUUGUUUAUAUCUGAACAGGGGAAUGGCCAAACCAGACUCCAGAACUGAGCAGUUGAUUCUGAUGGAUUACAACAAGUGCAUUUCUCAAAAGGAAACAAGAGUACAGGGCAAAACCAAAUUGAGUAUGCUAAUCUUUUGUUUUUGUUGUUACUGCUUUUGAAUAUUUUUUUUUCUCUUUUUUUCAGUUUAUGAAUACGUCAAUACAUAUCUGUAUACCAUUAUAUUUGUCUUUUAUUUGUUAUUCUGGUUUUAUAUAUGAAUUCUUUAGACAAGUUUUUUGUUUCUUUGAAGAGCUUUCCUGAGAAGAAAUUCAGAGGGAAAGAAGGGUAAUCAGUACUGGCUGGGUCUUCCUUAUCAGCUACAGAUGCUUAGCUUGGGCUUCUUUGAGCACUUUGGCUCACCGCGGAUGUCAAUGAUAAUCAACCCAGAGGACUAUUGUUAUGUUGCAGUGACUUAAUCCGUUUCUGUUAUCAGGGAAUUGGCAUUAUUCUCUUUUACAGCUGUUACAGCCGACCUAUGCUGUCAUUGCAGAAAGUAAGUGCAUCUUUGUGCCAAAGUUAGGAAAAGUCAUCUUUGGAGCAUGAGUUAGACUGCUGGCAGGGACUCCAGCAACAAUCCAGCUGAGUGCUCACUCACUCACUCACUCACUCAUGCACUAAAAAGAAAACACACCUUCAGUCUCACGCGCAGUGGAUACAAACGCUUGCAACAAACUCCUUUCACUCCACGCUCGGUGGCAGCAGAUGUGCCGACCAGGGACAGGAGUCGAGAGCCGCUUCCAAACCCUCCAAUCCGUUGAGAAUGUUUUCCUCCAAGUUUCUACAUUCUUUUUAUCCAAACAAAUAUUCGGAUUGAGUCGGCGAUUAUUCUUAUCAGGCCGAUGAGAACAGUCAAUAACGAUCAAUAAAGUCAAAUCCCAUCCCUAGGGGUUCAGACUCGACUGUAUAUGUAGCACUUGCGUGACCCCCCCCCCCCCCCCCCACCCAACCUCCCCCCGUUCAAAUGAGGCACAUCUCACCCGUUAGGAGGUAGAGCCGCCAUGUGUGAGCAUUUAUCUAACACACAACUGAUGACAGCAUCGACCUAUUGAAUACAAUCAACCUUGGAGCACUGCCCGAUGAUGUCAGUAGAUGAACACGCGCAUUCAGACGAAAAACAACCACACAUAGUAGCAUCAUAUGCAUCGACACAAUGAAUAAAGGCAUAUGCAAGCCGAAAGCAGGAAUCCUUAUGGAAGACGUUUUGGAAUCAGACUCAGGGCUUUUCAGUAAGGACCAAACCCUAGCUGCUUUCAGGCACGCUAGAAACAGGCAAUAUUUAUGUGUGUAUUCUUGACUACGUGUGGAUUCUCAACCUCUCCCCCCUGUGUGUACAUAGAAGGUGACAAGUCUGAAAAACAGCAUGGAUGCCAGUCUGACUCUUUAAAGUUGUGUGUAUGUGUGUGUGUGUGUGUGUGUGUGUGGGGAGGGGGGGCUAUCAUCUUCAUCGUCCUGCCUGUGUUCACGCUGGCAUCCAUGCAGCAAACGGCCUUCUCAUCCCAAAAGCCAUUAUAUCAUCAUGUCCUCUUGUGUGUAUUCUCACUUCUUUCUGAAGAGGAGCGGAGGAUUAUGUGUUCUCAUGUAUCAUUUCUUUAUUGCCAAAACGUCACAGUGGGCGAGCAGCUGGGAAAGGCUGACAUACAGUAUAGAGGUUUUUUUUUUUUUACUCUGUCUCUCUUUGAAGCAAUAAGAACAUUCUUUCUGUAGCAGCGAGAGGUCCCAUCUCCUGAACGCGGGCAGGUCUCCUCAUUUUUUAUUUUUUUUUUUUGUCGUGUGUUUGUGGGCGUGUGUGCGCGUGCGAAUGUGUUUUCGAGUCAUUGGGUGGACGUCCUUGGCAUGGUGCUAUCACACAAAUACUCUAUGGUGUGAUGACCUCAUCUUUUCUCUCCCUGCUGGGCUGUCAUGAUGUUAGUGAUGGUAAUGCAGGCAGAACAUUGAGAUUAUGUUGUCUUACGUUUCCUGUUUGUUUUUUUGUUUGUUUUUUUUCAACAUGGCCAAGGUGUUGUCUAUCCUCUGUUUAUGUCAACUCUUGUCAUACAAAGAAAAGCCAUAUAAACAGUAAGAGGCACAAUAAACUUAACUUUUGUGAGAUUG